AUGCGUUCAUUCUUUUAUCUCGUGUCCGCGGCCUCGUUUGCUCGUGCGGCGGUCGAGGUGCAGUCGGCGGAUGAGAUCCAACAACUGAUACGGCAGAACACCGAUAACUCGACGGCCUUGGCGGAGAUCGGGGCCGCCCCGUGGGUGAAUUCCCCGACGGUGCGCGGAACGCUCGACCUGCUCCUGACGUGCGUGGUCACGCUCGUGGCAUGCGUCUACUCCGUCCUCCACCUCAACAUCCCCGCGGACGACGGCAAAUACGCCAACUUCUUCGACAGGCUGAGGUGGGUCGUCGUCGCGCUGCUGUUCCCGGACACCGUCCUCGUCAUAGCCGUGGGGCAGUUUUUGGAGGCGAGGGCUCUGCGGGCUAGAUUGCGACGGCUCAAGAACGAAAAGGACCCGGAUAUGCCUGACUAUGACUUGGAGUUCUGCUUCUUCGUGGUCAUGGGGGGUUUCCAGGUCCCCAUCGACGACGUCCGACCUGGACCGACGGCACUCCUGGGCAGACGGCUUCCGGGGUCGCUGCCGCUCUCGGCCAAAGGGUUUCUCAAAAUGAUGGAGCACCGCCCGCUCGAGUCCUUCGGCCUGGUGAACAACCCGAAAGCCCUCGCGGUGAGGAACAAGGGCAGCGUUUUCCAGAAGGUGCUCGUCGUCACACAGGUCCUCUGGAUGGCCACGCAGUGUCUCGUCCGCAAGCUGCAGGGGCUUCCGAUCUCCCUCCUGGAGGUCCACGUCAUGGUCCACGUCCUGUGCGCCGUCGUCAUCUACGUGUUCUGGUUCAAGAAACCCAUGGAUGUCGGGGACGCCGAGGUCCUCGAGCCGACGUCGGAUGAAGUCAAAGGUCUCGUUGCUCUGGCUGUCCAGGCACAACUCUGCCCUGGCAUCAAGCCGGAAUUCCUACGCCUGCAGAAAGACGAGCCGCAGACGGAAACACGGUCUUCGCCGGACCUCGGCACAGUCGCCACGCCGCAACCUCAAAACGCGGAGACCCCCCUCCCCAAACCUACAACCGAUAUCGAAAAGGCGCCUCCGUCGGUGAUCACGCUCGGCCGCGGCGACGCCCUGGAAUGCGGCCUCGUCUACGCCGACUCCGACUCCGACGAGCUCCCCGAGAGCAUCGAGCUCUCAAGCUCAGACGUCCUGAGAGUAGAGCGAGCGAUGCGCUACCUCCAACGGCAACACCCCUCCGCAGACGCCAGCGGAACCCAGACGCCCCUAUUCCCCUCCCCGGAAUCGGAGUACGCGCACUGCCUGGCGCGGAGGGGCGACAACGCGCCCAACGUGCUCCUCAACGACGGCAGGGCCCUCCGGCUCCUCUCCGUCACCUCCAGCUACGUCGCGGUCGAGGACCCCGCCUCCCGUGUAUCCGACGCCACCGAGACGGUCCAGGUCCUCGCCGCCGCCCUCCUGACGCUCCUGUACGGCGGCGUCCACCUGUCGGCGCGCCGCUCCCGGUUCCCGACCGCGCGCGAGCGCGACCUCUGGGCGCUCGUCUCCGCCUACACGUGCGUCCUCUCCGUCGCCGGCUCCGCGCUGUACUGCCUCGUCAUGUACCUGGCCGGGGUCGGGCUGUUCGGGGUGUACGGCGGCGCCGAGUGGGACCGCGGGUUCGGCCGCGCCGUCGCGCGGCCAAGGUGGCUGUCCCGGUGUCUGUUUCACUUCUUUCGGGCGCUUUCCGUGGUGAUUGUGGCCCUCAUCCUGCUGCUCUUGGUCGCGAAUGCCGCGUCUCGGGUUUUCCUGACCGCGGAGUCGUUUUUGAGCGUGCGGAGUCUGCCUAUUGGGACCUUCACGAUGCCUUCUUGGCUUCAAAUGGUGCCGCACUUGUGA